UCGGUACUGGACUGAAGUGGACUGAAGUGGACUGAAGUGGGAAAUGAUGCUCUCCACUCCGGAAGCCACCAACAAAGCUACUGACAAGCUACGGUAUUAUCAUUCCCAUACCAUCCCCAUACCAAUCCCCAUAUCCCCAUCUAUCUCAAUCCAUACCAUACCCCUCCUAGCCGUCCUUUCCGGUUUGGAUAUAAUGCAUGUGAUUUCCCAUCCGAAAGAGGACAGGAUAGAGGAGAAGAGGAGGAGGAGGAAGUGGGAUAUCUCCAAGCCUCACUACGACUCUGCGCAUAACGCGUAUAACCUUAUAACAACGGCAACUGGCGAUAACAUUAACCUUAUUGUAGUCGGCAAAUUGUGGUCAGCCAUGUUGACAGCGGUUGGAUGUAAAUACGAGUCACGUGGUUCAUACUUUAUAUCAUGUGACGCGAAUCAUGUGACUUGAAUAUGGGAUGGACGAUAUUCUCACUUUAUUCACACUAUUACUCCUAUGUUGACAACAUGAUGAAAGAUGUGAUUGGACUACAUCCCCACAAUCCUCCAUAUCACCCAG